GGUCUCUUCUGUUCUCUCUCUCUUUCUCCCUCUCUUUGACGACCCUCUUCCUCUUAUCCUCCUUUUUCUCGAGGACGAGGUCGUUGGGGGGUGCAGCUGCUGCUCCUGCUGCUCCAGCUCCUGUUGGGUGAACCGCACCGCUCGGCUGUCGUUUGCUCCGUUACUCUUUUUUCGGCUAACGUUUCGUUUUGUGUGAGAAGGAAAAGCCAAGGUAAACAUGUUCUGCGCCAGAUUGAUUGCCCCCAUUGCCAGGUCCGCUCUGAUCACUGGACCAAAGGCCUAUGUCAGGCCAAUCAGCAGUAUGGUGGUGAACCACAGCCAGACGCUGCAAAGCCAAAACCCAACACCAGUCAGUCUGUCGCCGGCUAUCCGUAGCUUCCAGACGUCGUCGGUCAGCCGUGACAUUGACUCUGCUGCCAAAUUCAUUGGUGCUGGUGCUGCCACUGUUGGAGUUGCAGGAUCUGGUGCUGGUAUUGGAUCAGUUUUUGGCUCGCUCAUCAUCGGCUAUGCCAGGAACCCAUCUCUCAAGCAGCAGCUCUUCUCAUACGCCAUUUUGGGCUUUGCUUUGUCAGAAGCCAUGGGUCUAUUUUGUCUUAUGAUGGCUUUCCUACUCCUCUUCGCCUUCUAAGUUACGAAUCCUCCAUUAAACAAAAAAAAUACCAAUAGUUCUAGUGCGUCACUGCCAAAGCAGCCUCCUUUGACUUAGUGUUAAGAGGCAGCUGUUUUUGGUUUGCGGUUCAGUCCAUGAUAUCAUUGAGAGAACCAGUGACUUGCUGCAACGGAGAUCAACGGUGCGACAAUAGAGUUAAGAAAGAAAACCAACAACACGGGGCUGUACACGAAUAAUUAAGUCAUCUACUAGUCUUCAAGCCGUUAUAAUAAUCCCUCCAUCAACAGCCAUUAACUUGUUCUCAAUAAUCUCAUGGUCUACUGUUCGGUGUAGCGUAUCUCACAAUUGUUAUUGAAAUAAUGAAUUUCAGUUAUUCAUAAAUAAACGAUAGGAGUUGACCAAAAAGUUAACGAGAACAGCAGCCUCACAUAAAAAAAAAAAAAAAAAAAAUCAUUACGCGCACGCACGCACGUUCAUAUUCAAGCGCCCUAUCGUCGUUAAGGCAAAUAAAAUUUUUCUCAAACUCUUUUGUUACCCGAGCGAUUCAUUAUUGUUGUGCUGUUGUGUACGCACGUUUUUGAGGUAACUCUUGGCGAGGAAACUGUACAGUGAUAUCGAAUAAACAUCUUUGUCGUGAGA